AUGACUAGGCUUCAUGACUUCACUUUCUACAAUUCCACAGAUCUUCGAUCGAAUACUCGAAGGGUUCGGGGGGUGAAGUGGUCAGCUCCACCUAUAGGUACCUUUAAAGUGAAUGUGGAUGGUGCUUUUCACCAUAUCACUAGGAAGGGUGGUAUUGGGUUUGUUAUCCGGAACUCGGCUGGACAUAUGGUGGCAGGAGGAGGUCGACCAUUGACUGGACUACAAUCUGCUGAGCAUGCCGAGCUUUUGGCAUGUUCGAUGGCUGUGGCGUUUUUACUCCACCAGGAAUUUAGGCCUGCUGUGGUGGAAACUGCUGCACCAUGUGAUGCACUCAUGGUGCAGCGCCAAGUGACCAACCAUAUUGGGAGCAACACCUCGCCUCUUGGACGUUUGUACGACGACUUGGCAGCAAUCUUGGCUGCAAACACAGAUAUUCAUAUCACAUACAAGGGUAGGACUGCUAAUAUGGUAGCCCAUAUCCUUGCUGCUCAUGCAUGCAGUGAGCCUCAAGAUUUUUUCUUCUUUUCUACACCUUCUUUCCUUCAAGCUGCUGUUGCAGCUGAUGUUUGCUUGAUGUAA